AUGGAAGCCCCCCGCUUCGUGCUGGAGCCCCCAUCAACGCUGUCCUUCACCAACUCCUCGGGGGCGGAGCUGAGCUGCAUCGCCACGGGGAGCCCGUCGCCGCGACUCAGAUGGCUGGGGAGGGAUGGACAUCCGGUUCUUGGCAUUCCGGGGAUCCUGAAGGUAUUGGAGAACGGGACGAUGCUCCUCCACCCUUUCUCGGCGGAGCAGUUCCGCGCGGAGAUCCACCGCGGGACCUUCCAGUGCAGUGCCUCCAACCCCGCCGGCACGGUCCUCAGCAGGGAAACGCGGCUCAGAGCCGUGGUCCACCACCCAUACGAAGUUCGGGUGGGUGACGAAUCCGUGACGGUGGGCAACACCGCCGUCUUCCGCUGCCUCCUCCCGUCGUACGUGGAGGAUGACGUCACCGUCACUUCGUGGUUCCUGGGAUCGAAACACAACAUCUACCCUCAGGAGGAGGGAGGAGGCGAGAAGUAUCACAUGCUGCCGUCGGGGGAGCUGCUGAUCCACGAAGUGACGAAGGAAGACAACGGGACGUGGGUGGGUUGCAGGACGGCCUCGAAAUUGGAAGGCCAUUCCGUGUCGGCUUCGACCAUGGCACGGUUGCUCGUUAGAGAGGAGGCGAGGCCGAUCCCUCCGAGAUUGGUUCACCUGCCGAGGCAGGUAGAGGCGAGGAAGGAUUCAUCUUGUCUGCUGACUUGCGUUGCUCAUGGGAAUCCGCCGCCGCAGGCCAGCGUGAGGAGGAAGUUGGGGAAUUCGGUUUGGGACGUGCCGGUUCGGGAUGGAUUGCUGGUGAAGAGGGUGGAGGAAGCGGAUUCCACGCCGAAUGCGUUCGAGUGCGUGGCGAGGAAUCGACACGGAGAGGCGAGGCAGAGUCUGACCAUCGGGGUGAGGGCGCCGCUGUCGGCGCACGUGCAGCCGAGGAUGCCCGUGGUGGAUCUGAGGGAGAAGGCGACGCUGGUGUGCGGGGUCGUGGGGAUGCCGACGCCGGAGAUCCACUGGGUCAAGGACGGGAGGGCGGUCGGGAGGGCGACGGGGAGGGAGGACGGAGGUCAGCGUCUGCUAAUGGACGACGGAGGGCAGCGUCUGCAGGUGGAAGACGGAGGGAGGAGGCUCGUCGUUCCGAGGAUGAGGGAGGAAGAUGCGGGGGUGUAUCAGUGCUUCCUUAGCAAUGACUGGGACUCGGCGCAGGACUCGGUGCAGCUCGUUCUGGGAGGUAAGGCGUUCAUGCGUGUAAUGAAAUUUUAA